CCGACGAUGGCGGAGACAGUGGACUUCGCGAGCGGCGACGCGGCGGCGUGGCGCGCGGCGCUGGCCGCGUACGACCGCCGGCUCGAAGCCCUGGACAAGCCCGACCUCGUGGCCGUGGACUCCUUCUACCGCCACGACCUCCCGGCCCUCCUUCGCGGCCGCGACCCGGAACCCUUCAUCGCCAAGCCCGAGCUGGCGCGCCUCCUCCAGUGGAAGCUCUCCCGCGGCAAGUGGAGGCCGAGACUUAUGGAUUUCGUCAAGGGCUUGGACGACGCGAUGGUGGAGUCGGCAUCGCGCAAGGCGUUCGCGGCGCUGCCUGACCUCAGCAGGGCCAUCACCGAGCUCACCGUGCUCAAGGGCGUCGGCCCCGCCACUGCGUCCGCCGUGCUCGCCGCCUACGCACCGGAUGUCGCGCCGUUCAUGUCCGACGAGGCGAUGGUAACGGCCUUGGGCAAUGCAAAGGAAUACACGCUGAAGCAGUACCUUGCAUUUGCUGACAAAUUGCAGGCAAAAGCAAAGGAACUGACCAUAGGAGAAGAAAGUUUCACACCGUCGGAUGUUGAGAGAGCACUAUGGAGCUCGGCAAUUGGGUCCAAGUCACCAGCCAGUGGUAACCCAAAGAGCGAAUCAAAAAUGCGUGGCAAGAGGAAACGAUGAUCCACACCGAGCUUCUCUACUAAGGCUAGAAGAAUUUACUGGCUGCAGGCCUUAGAUUUUUAGAUUGAACAUUGUAGUUUCUGUAACCUGCAGAAUGGGGUAUUGCUUUUGGCGCAGCAGAAUGUGAACUGUGUGCUCUCAAUGACCGAACACUACAUU